UCCGGGACGGGCCGCGCAUGCACAGUCGCCGGGAACAUGGCUGCCGCCGGCCGCCCACAUGUGGAACAUGAGACUGAGAAUGAUACCACAGAAUAUUCCUGAUGAAGAAACAUCCUAUGAGGUAGAAAUGGAAGGAUUUACAAGGGAGGGUCCCUGUUUCCCCAUUCUAGGUGAGAGUUGGAACUAUGAGAAGCAGGAAAGACGUUUGAGGGAACCUCCUUUAACUAAGGAGAAAACAGUGGCUCAGGAAGCAGGUUGUGAAUGUCUUGGUUUGGGGGAGCAUUUGAGUGCAAACCCAGUCGUUCUAGCAUCUCAGAGAGCUCCUACAACAAAUGGUUUUCAUGCUCAUAACUCAGAUAUUAAAGCUUUGGAUUGUGGCCGAACCUUACACAUUUGUCCCCAAAAUUAUGCAUCUAAGAGAACUGGUGACAGUGAUGCUUGUGAAAAAGACUUCCCUCCUUCCAUGGAAGUCACACAACCUGUACAAAACCAAAUGAGAGACAAGCCCUAUAAAUACUCAGAAAGUAUUAAAUCUUUAAACCAUUUUACUAACCCCCUUUGUGGUAAAAAAAUAAUGAAAAGAGGUAUGAAACUUUACAAAGGUAAGGACUUUGGGGACAUUUUUGCCCUGAGCUCAUCUCUUAAUGAAAAAAGAAGUUACUCCAUUGAGAAACCCUAUAAAUGUGAUGAAUGUGGGAAGUUCUUCAAAGAGAACUAUUCUCUUGUUUUGCAUCACCGAACUCACACUGGAGAGAAACCUUAUACCUGUACUGAGUGUGGAAAAUCAUUCUCAAAAAACUACAACUUGAUUGUGCAUCAAAGGAUCCAUACUGGAGAGAAACCCUAUAAAUGCAAUAAAUGUGGGAAAGCUUUUAGUAAUGGGUCUGCUCUAACACAGCAUCAGAGGAUUCAUACAGGUGAGAAACCUUAUGAAUGUCUAGACUGUGGAAAAACUUUCAACCGAAAUUCAUCCUUGAUUCUGCAUCAAAGAACUCAUACAGGGGAGAAACCAUAUAGAUGUAAUGAAUGUGGGAAACCCUUCACUGACAUCUCCCAUCUUACUGUUCAUCUCAGAAUCCACACUGGUGAGAAGCCCUAUGAGUGUAGCAAAUGUGGAAAGGCUUUUCGAGAUGGCUCAUACCUCACCCAACAUGUGAGGACCCACACUGGGGAGAAGCCUUUUGAAUGUAUAGAAUGUGGGAAAUCCUUCAAUCGCAACUCUCACCUCAUUGUGCAUCAGAAAAUUCAUUCUGGGGAGAAGCCCUAUGAAUGUAAAGAGUGUGGGAAAACUUUCAUUGAGAGUGCAUAUCUCAUCAGGCACCAGAGGAUUCAUACUGGUGAGAAGCCCUAUAGUUGUAACCAGUGUCACAAACUUUUCAGGAACAUUGCGGGACUCAUCCGGCACCAGAGGACUCAUACUGGUGAGAAGCCUUAUGAGUGUAAUCAGUGUGGUAAAGCUUUUAGGGACAGCUCCUGUCUGACUAAACACCAGAGAAUUCACACUGAGGAGACGCCGUACCAGUGUCUGGAGUGUGGAAAGUCCUUCAAGCAGAACUCUCACCUGGUGGUACAUCAAAGACUCCAUAAUAGGGAGGGUCCCAGCCAGUGUCCUCAGUGUGGGAAAAUGUUUAGAAAGAGUUCAUUCCUUGUCCGACAUCAGAGAACACACCUUAAAGAGCAAUCCAUGGAAGCAUAAUGAACACGGACCACAGUCUUCCUCCAUAAUAGGGAGGGUCCCAGCCAGUGUCCUCAGUGUGGGAAAAUGUUUAGAAAGAGUUCAUUCCUUGUCCAACAUCAGAGAACACACCUUAAAGAGCAAUCCAUGGAAGCAUAAUGAACACAGACCACAGUCUUCUUCCAGCUUUCUCAAAAAUGUAUGUCCACAACAUGUGUGUUUAGGUCUGAUUCUUCCCUUGUCAACAGAAAACAAUUUUUUUAUGAUGAGAAUUGAUGAAUAUGAGAUAGUCUAUAACCCCAUUAAAUCUAUUAUUAAGGAAUUCUUGAAGAAAGUAUUGAAUGAUAAUGGGUAAAAACUUCAGGGAUGAUUCAGCCUAUACCAAACAUGUAAUGCAUACACUGUAAUAAAAUACAAGAAAGUGAGCAAGAUCUUUCCCUGGAGAUACCUAUCUUCCUUUAUUAUCAGGAUGCUUAAAUUGGAAAGAACCCAUUAGUUUAGUAGAUAGUCAGUUAGGAGGCAUCUUUAAUAGUGAGUAUCCACCUUAUUGUAUAUAUUUAAAUGGUUAUUAGAAUCAAACUUUGUAAUUGUAAUUAGGAACUGUCACGCCAUCUCUAAUGAAGCCCACGUGAGAUCCUCUGUGGGUUAAGGCUUUGAAAGCCCUCAUCAGAAAAUUCCAAUGGACUUUAAGUGUUUCUUCUGGUUCCCUGUCUA